GGGGCCUUAACUGGAACGGUUGAUGUCGGGUUGAAGCGCUCACUUGGUUUUUUUUAUUCGGUUGUGAAACUUUAAGUUGGGAGAAUGUCAUCAGUGUCGCUCUCGUUCAGACGUUUACAGCAACGUUUGCGAAGAUCACUUUGUUAUGGAAGUCGUCAAAUGAAAUCGUUGCCGCUUCCACUUUCCGAACUUGCAAUGGAUUAUUUCGAUAGGCACUGUCCCUAUGAUUAUAUGAGCUUGGAUUUUGCAAAACCCUUGUCACGUCAUGAGUGUGUGGAUGCGUGUACAUUUUUAAUAGCUAUGGUAUAUCUCGAUCGUAUACGAACUGCUGAUAAAAUUUGUUUUGAAUCUUCUGAUCCGGGCGAAUUGUAUCUUUCGGCGCUCAUAAUUGCAAGCAAAUAUCUCCAUGAUGUUGGACAGCGGGAAUUUAUUUAUAAUGACGAGUGGGCUGCAUUAGCCAAUAUCUCUUUGAAACGGGUCAAUGAAAUGGAGCUGAACGUUCUAGAUGCUAUACAUUGGAACACCAGUGUAAAUCAAGUUGAAUUUAUACAGAUAUUGGAAAAAGUGGAAACAUGGGUAGCAAGGGAUAGUUUGAAAAAACGCGGAUUUUGUACAUAUAAUGAAAUAGCUAUACUUCUCUCGAGGACGAGUUUCAUAUCUAAUUGCAUUAAACCGUUGAUGUUAUCGCUUGCCGCAUUUACUUUUGUUUAUUCUACUGCAGUUGUUUCACUUGUGUUUCUGCAAAUUGUGAUAUCAAGCAUGCAACACAACUCGAUAAAGAACGAAAGAUAUAUGGUGACUGUCACUUCCACUGAUGGUAACAUGACGCAGCAAGGAAAAGCUACCUUUUUUCUCCUACAUGACAAUUUUUACGAGUGGUACAUACUUCAUGUUCAACAUAUUUUUCGUGUUAAUGUCGAAUGUUGCUAUCACAUACAAUGCACUGUUCAAUCGAACUGCAUUUUGGAGAGAUGCUUUUCGAUGUAUAGCUUGUACAGCUGAAAGAUCUAUUUGUUCAUUAGAAUUUAUCUGCAUUUGCUUUAAAAAUUGCUUUCCAUUUUUACCAAAUUCAAGUUCAGCUCAGGC